UGUUUCAACAACUUGCGUCAGUCGAAAAUUCAAUUUUGUUCGCAAAAGUCGCGCACAGCUCAGCAUUUUUGAAACUAAACAUACAAUGGCUCCACGCAACAAGGAACAGGAACAGGAGGUGCUCAACUGGAUCUUCGCAGUGCUCGGCGAAAAAGUGCCCAGCGGCCAGUAUGAGGAUAUUCUGAAGGACGGCAUCUGGCUGUGCAAGCUGGCCAAUAAGCUGGCCCCUGGCUCCGUUAAGAAGAUUCAGGAGCGCGGCACCAACUUCCAGCUGAUGGAGAACAUUCAGCGCUUCCAGGCGGCGGUGAAGAAGUACGGCGUGCCCGAGGAAGAGAUAUUCCAAACUGCCGAUCUGUUCGAGCGUCGCAAUAUUCCACAAGUGACCCUUUCGCUGUACGCCCUGGGUCGUAUUACACAAAAACAUCCCGAAUUCACUGGCCCGACUCUGGGUCCCAAGAUGUCCGAAAAGAACGAGCGCACCUUCACCGAAGAGCAGCUGCGUGCUCAUGAGGGUGAGCUGAACUUGCAGAUGGGCUUCAAUAAGGGCGCCUCCCAGGCGGGUCAUGGCGGCUUUAGCAACACGCGCCACAUGUAAAACGCCAAUUAACACCCACGCACACGCACACGCACACCCACACGCAUACACACCAAUGCAAAUAUCAACACACACACACA